AUGAACCAAGAAAGAGGGAGAGUUUACAAAGACAAGCUUGACCAAAUUUCCAACGAAUACGCAUCUCUACACUCAAUUUUCAAAAAACUCAUCAAAAGCGAAGAAGAAAGCCUUGAAAACCAUCUCGAAUUCCAACAAAAAUGACAAGAAGUUGCCGAACUUGAACGCCACAAUGACCUUGCCAAUGUAUUUUUAGGCUACUCAAACUCUUUAAAAGCCAAAGAAAGCGCGCACACUGAAAGCCUCGGAAUUCUCAAAGACUAUAUCCAAGACGCCUUAAGAAUUGCCUCCCUAAAAAUAAAGCAGCAAAAAAGAUCUCUAUCCAGGCGCGAAAACCGCGAAAAAACGGCCCAAGAAAGGUCCAAAUCCCUACAAAAAACUGUGAAUUCUGAAGAAAUCAAUAAAGAAAACGAAGAAAAUGAAAAAGAGCUCAAAAUGAUGAAUGAAGAAACACAAAGAAACAUUAAAGAGUUCGAAAACAGGCAUGUAAAUGACAUUAAACAAGUUUUACUGCAUCUAAUGAACGCAGAAAUGUUCCACCAUUCAGUCGCUUUACAACAACUGACGAAUUUAUUGCCGCUGGUACAGAAUAUUGACCCUGAAAAUUUGCCUAAGGAUAUUUAA